UAACGAAUAUGUCGUCAUAUGCCAAUUCAAAUUACGGAGCACCACCAAAUAUGGGGCAGUAUAAUGCCGUCAACGGCAUGCCGCCAUUAGGUUCUAAUCAAAUUCCACAACAACAGCAACAAAUGUCACAACCGAUGCAGCAAAAACAACAACAAUUUCCGGGUAUGCCAGUACCACCCGUAACUUUAAAUGCAAAUUUGAGUAAAUUUAUGCCACCUUCGAUGACAAUAAGUGGGACGCCAGGAGGAAACAUUGCUCCGCCACCAAGUACGAACGGCCCACAAAGAAUGCCUUCGAGUCAACCGCCUGUUGCCAGCAAUUUACCUCCUCAUAUGAAACCACCGGGUACAAUGAAUGGUCCAUCGCUUGGACCAAAUGCAGUUGCAAAUGGUGGUGGCGUUGGAAAUAUGUCAGCUAGUGCUAAUUCUUCAAGGACAGCCUCCCCUUCCAUCCAAUUAACUCAACAGCAGUAUCAGUAUGCCCCAACGUCAUCCACCAACUCAGCAAGUAUACAGUCGGCACAGCCAUCAGUCGCCACAGCCUCAUCGUCAACCGUGAAUCAUUUAAGUGGCAGUAUGCAAAACCUUAAUAUUAACCGUGUUAAUGGCACAGCACCACCACAACCCAAUACUUCAUCUCAAUCAAUGCAAAUGGCUGGAAAAAAUAUGCCGACUGUUUCAACACCAAAUUCCCAGAUCCAACCGGCUGUGAAUAAUUUUCCGACAAAUUUCAAAACAUCUGCUUUGAAUACACAGAAUGUCCCGAUAAGUUCGCCAAAUCCAAUUCAAAAUUCGACAGGUACCCUAAAUAAUCGCCCUCCCCAACCACAACAGCAAUUAGGUCAACGACCACCAGUUAGUUCUUACAACACUAAUACGUCUACUCCAAUGACGUAUCAACAAAGCUCAUCGCAGAAUGCUAAUUAUCCUAAUCCCAAUGUUGGCGGUCCUCCUGCCAGCGGACCAAUGCCUCCUCCACCAACAAAUAGCGGCAACGCCCUGCAAAAUCAAAUAAACAAUAACCAACAGGCGCCACAAUUGCAAGCAAAUACAUCACAGCAACCGAUGGGUCAACGAAAACCUAUGUAUCCUAAUCAACAACUGCCUCCCAUGAUGCAGCAACAACAGCCGUCACAACAAUUUCAUCAGCAGCAACCGCAGCCACAACAAGCAUAUUCUGCCGCUUACAAUUACCCUCAGCAGCAAAUGUCGGGUCCUUCGCAACCUACAGGAAUGUUCAAUGGACAGCCAAACAGUGGACCUUUGCAAUACCAAAAUCAGAACCAGGCGUAUCCACAAAAACAACAGCAGCCACAGCAAAAUCCUCACUAUCCAGCGGGGAGUGUAGUCCAUCAAGGCUUCAAUCGUUUGUGGGGUCAAGAUACAAUUGAUUUAAUGCAAAAUCGUCAUAUAUUAUCACCUGCUACAUUAGCACCCCCUAAAAUUGUUUUGCAUAAUCAAUUCCACGAAUCUAUCAACUGUAAUCCAAAUAUAAUGCGUUGUACUUUAGCCAAGAUUCCGGAAAGUAAUUCAUUAUUGCAGAAAUCUCGACUACCACUGGGAAUUGUAAUUCAUCCAUUCCGUGAUAUAAAUAGUUUACCCGUAAUCCAAUGUCCGAAUAUAGUACGUUGUCGUUUAUGCCGAACAUAUAUCAAUCCAUUUGUUUAUUUCGUGGACAGUAAAAUGUGGAAAUGUAAUUUGUGCUACAGAGUCAAUGAGUUACCCGAAGACUUUCAAUUUGACCCUGCUACAAAAACCUAUGGCGAUGUUACUCGUCGUCCGGAAGUUCGUUCAAGUACAAUAGAAUUUAUAGCUCCUUCGGAAUAUAUGUUGCGACCCCCACAACCUGCAAUAUAUUUAUUCCUUUUCGAUGUUUCCAUAAUUGCUCAACAAUGUGGAUAUUUGGAGAACGUAUGUGCUCUUUUAUCGAAACAUUUAGAUGAUAUGCCUGGCGAUGCUCGUACUCAAGUUGGUUUUAUUGCGUAUAAUAGCAACGUUCACUUUUAUAGCAUGGCAGAGGGUUAUAAUCAACCGCAUGAAAUGACAUUGUUGGAUAUUGAUGAUCCAUUUUUGCCAAGACCAGAUAAUUUGUUGGUCAAUCUAAAGGAAUGCAAAGAACUUGUUAAGGAUUUGCUUAGCCAGCUGCCAACACGUUUUGCAGACACACAUGAUCCAGGAUCAGCACUGGGUGCUGCUUUACAAGUAGCUUUCAAAUUAAUGCAAGCUUCAGGUGGUCGAAUUACCGUUUUCCAAACGUGCCUUCCUAAUAAAGGGCCUGGUGCAUUAGAGCCUCGCGAAGAUCCAAACAACCGCUCGGCAAAAGAUGUCGCCCAUUUAAAUCCAGCCACUGAUUUUUACAAACGAUAUGCAUUGGAAUGCUCCGGUUAUCAAAUUGCUUGUGACCUUUUCCUUCUAAAUCAACAAUAUAGUGAUAUAGCAACAAUAUCUGGCAUUAGUAAACAUAGCGGUGGCUGUGUUCAUCAUUUCCCAUUAUAUCAAAAGACUAAGGCACAUUUGGUGGAUUCGUUGAGACAUUGCUUUAAGCGUUAUUUAGUGCGCAAGAUCGGCUUCGAAGCUGUUAUGCGUAUACGAUGUACUAGGGGUCUACAGGUGCACACAUUCCAUGGCAAUUUCUUUGUACGUUCUACAGACUUAUUGUCGUUGCCCAACGUUAAUCCAGAUGCCGGAUACGGCAUGCAGAUUUCGUACGAAGAAAGCUUGACAGACGUUAAAACUAUAUGCUUCCAAGCUGCUUUGCUUUAUACAAACAGCGAAGGAGAACGUCGCAUUCGAGUUCAUACGAUGUGUCUGCCUGUCACCGCUUCAUUGCCGGAAGUAAUGCACGCAGCCGACACCGAAGCAAUAAUAGGCUUGCUAUCUAAAAUGGCCGUUGAUCGGUCAAUCACUUCUAAUAUAGCCGACGCCCGAGAAGCAUUCAUUAAUGCCACCGUUGAUAUAUUGAACGCAUUUAAAAUUGCACAAAAUUUGCCCUCUGGACAGUCUGGCCAACUUAUUGUUCCACGUAGUUUGGCACUGUUGCCUUUGUACAUUUCGGCCUUACUGAAACAUCCUGCCUUCCGUGUUGGUACAAGCACACGCCUUGAUGAUCGUGUAUUUGCAAUGGAUUGCAUGAAAACAUUACCCUUAGAUCAAUUGAUGAAAUUCAUAUAUCCUGAAUUUUAUAACAUCGAUAUAUUGUUCUACCAUAACCAAAAUGCAAACAUGAAUGCUACCGGUGACGGAGAUGAUGACGAUGAAGAUUUGCCAGAGGUUCAACGUUUGCAGUUGUCGGCCGAACACUUGGACUCGCGCUCGAUAUUUUUACUGGACUGUGGUACAUUGAUAAUAAUCUAUGUCGGCCUUAAUGUGCCAGUUAACAUCUUGGAAACUGUCUUUGGUAUAAAAUCAACAGCUGAAUUGCCAGAUUAUUAUUAUGGUCUGCCAAAUGUAAAUAGUACAGAAAAUGAUAUACUGAAACGUUUCAUAAUGAAAUUAAACGAUGAAAAACCCUAUCCUCCCAUUGUACAGAUCAUAAGGGAUACAAGUACAGCCAAACCACAACUAAUAGAGAAAUUAGUUGACGAUAGAAGUGAAUCUAGUUUAUCAUACUAUGAAUUUUUGCAACACAUACGGACUCAGGUUAAAUAGUAAUUUAAUAAUCGUUAAUAAGUUGAAAUGAUAAAAGAAAUAUUAAUGAUAAAAAGCAUCAUCAAAUAUUCAACAUAAAGUCGGGAUAAUAU